AUGAAGCAUGAAAUGAGGAACAUCAAUCCACGAUGCAUAUCCCUCUUGUUUCUUCUCUUAAGUUUGCUUCUUGGAAAUUGUGUUGUUCAAGCCUCAAGAGCUCGUGCUGUCGCAGAUACGGUCUCGCUUCCCUCACAAGUACAUCUCCUGAAAUUAAGGAGGCUUAUGAUAGGCUCGACGGCACCAACUUGCACUUACAACGAGUGCAGAGGAUGUAGAUACAAAUGCAGAGCUGAGCAAGUCCCCGUUGAAGGCAAUGACCCUAUAAACAGUGCUUAUCAUUACAGAUGUGUUUGUCAUCGAUAA